AUGUCUACACCGGACCCAAUAUCACUUCUACACGACUACUACCGAAACAAAGAAGCAGUAUUUCACUUGGACUACGAAAAAGACCAUAUUUCUAGUGAUUACAAAGAUCUUUCACAGGCUGUAUAUCUCCAAUUUGGAACACACAUUUUAGACAAAGAAACGCCAACAACUUUUGAAAGUUCAGAUGAGCCAUACUCGUUAGGCGUUCUUUACCACGCUAUGAAAACCAAAGAUCUAAAUUAUGAUGAGUACCACACAGACGCUAUUGAAAAUGCAAAGUUUCAGGUUCCAAUGAAUUUUAUGGAUCGAAAGAAAUGGCUGAAAGAACUUGAGAAGCAUCUUGCGAGCGCUCCUCCGGAUUUUCCUCCUCCUCCGCCCGUUGCUGCUACUACAACUGUUGAAGUUGAUUCCUCUGAUGAUGAUCCUUUAAACGACAAAUACUCUUACGAUGACCAGGCUAGUCCCAUGGAAGAAUCUGAAUCGUUUGAUGCUCCACGAAAUAACCAAAAUAAUGACCACAUAAUAAAAGAGAAUGAAAAUCAGAUUAAUAGUGGUAGUAACAAUUUUGAUCUGACAGAUCUUUCUAAAGGCGAUGAUUCAGUUGCAAUAGAACGGAAUGACGUGGAUUCGUUAUCCUUCAAUCCUUCCAAAUAUCCUGGGUCACCAUUAGAUUAUGAAACAGAAACUCAUCGUCCGACUCUUUCACCCGUUGAAAUACCACAAACUGACGAAUUCAAUACAGAAACACUUGACAAUGCUUCAUCAAAUCAUGUAGACACUACAAAAACACACAAUAACACCAGCAAUACCAGUGAAUCUCCCAAAAUGGGAAAAUCAAGAACAAAUUCAAAGUUUAGCGCAAGAGGGCAUUCCUCGACGCAAGAUGAUAAUAGGCGCCAAGGUAAAAAACGUGAUUCAACAAAUGCAUUCUUGCACAGUGAAAGUGAAUUGGCGAGAGUUACUUACCUUGCGAAGAGGCAUCGUUGCUCGACGGAUGAAUAUAUGCCCGAUAAGCAAUGGCUUGACGAAAAUAUGACAAAACGUGAACGUCCGAUAGUAGAACAUGAUCAUAUAUCACUCACAAAGAAAAACUCAUUAUCAAAAUAUUUGGAAUUAGCUCAUGAUCUGAUAAAUAAACCAAGACCUUUACAGCCUAAUCAAAUACGAGCUUCAAAUACGCAUUAUCGUUCGUCAUCAUCCAAACCAUCAAGCACCUCAAGAAACAACGAAAAAGAACCUAAGAAACCCAUUAUCAUGGUAUCACCGUCUCCAAGAGCAAUGAUUGGCAUAUACAAUGCAAAAGAUUUCUUCCAGGAUUCGGUAUUUAUUGAAAAUGAGCAAAAACGUAGUCUACACACAGCAUCUAAGCCUACACUGGUCGAAUUCACCUACAAAGAAAAAAAAUAUGAAAUCGCGGAUUUGGCAGAUACCCUUAAGCCUGAGGACUGGGAUCGAGUGGUAGGUGUUGUCGUCGAUGGUAACGAUUGGCAAUUCAAGCAUUGGAAAUGGCAAAGCACUGAGGAAAUAUUCAAAAAAGUGAAAGCCUUCCACUUCAAAUAUUCUCAUCAACCGACUAUCGAUAACGUAUUGAGAUGGGGGAAAUCAGUGCAAGUAAUAAAUAUUUCGCGAGACUUUAGGCAUAAAGAUGCCGAAGCACAUCAAACUUUCUGGGAUGCUUUGGAAACUCACAUUUAUUUGAAUCUCACAUAG